AUGGGGCUGCCUCUCGGACAUGGCGGAAGAACGGGCAUGCUUGUGCUUUUGUCCUUCCUCGCCUGCAUCGAGAAGCUAUGCUCCAUUCUGAACCUGGUCUCUGUUGAGAAGGAUUGGGUCGUUGUGGUGGCAGACCAGGACCAUGCUGCGCUGAUGACCAUGAACGCACAAAUGCGGCGCAUUGAUUUGCUCUGCAAUCUCUUUGGCCCCCUUUUCAUCGCGUUGCUCGACGGCGUCUCAACCAAAGUGGCUAUUACUGCCAAUCUGGUCAUGAACGUUACGUCCGUUGUCCUUGAGUACUUUGCUAUUGCCCGGGUCUACUACGAGGUUCCGAGACUACAGCAGGCCAAGGUUGCACCGCGACGAGAGCCAACAGAAAUCGAACCAGCGCGGGUGCCCGAGAGCCGAAGCCAGCUCGCACAGAGUUGGAGACGCGCCCGUGGCGUCUUCAGCAAGUCCGCUAGGGAUUUCAACUUCUACUUCCGUCACCGCGCCUUUCUCGCUUCUAUCUCGGGUGCACUUCUUUACCUUACGGUCUUGAGUUUUGCAGGCCAGAUGGUAACCUACCUGCUCUCGGCUGGCUACACUUCCAACCAAGUCGGUAUUACGAGAACACUAAGUGUCUUCUUUGAGGUAUUGGCUACGUGGGUGGCGCCUUGGCUCAUGGGGCGAGUUGGGCCCUUCAAGAGCUGCCCAGGAGGUCGAGACCGAGAACCGCGGUGCAUUUUCAUCAGUGGAAGCGGCGUGGCAAAACGCCUUUGA